AUGUUUAGAGCCAGAGCCGUGGUACGUGCAGCCAGACCGCUCCAGCUCCGCCUCAGAGCCGCUCCCAGAGCACCCGUGGCCGCCUAUAUCAGCAGAUCUCUUGCUACGGCUAACACCCUGAGUGCCAACUACCAGCAGGUGCACAAUCCAGCCAAAGAAGGUCCAACGUAUGGCGAGUUGGACACUUUUGCAAGAAGACACUUUGGUCCCACCCCAGACAAUGUUGCCCACAUGCUCAAGUCGCUUGGGUACAAGGACAUGGACGAGUUUCUCACUGCUCUGAUUCCCCCACACGUUUUGGUGAAGAGACCCUUGAAGGUGCUGCCCCAGGAGGGUUACACUGAGCAGCAGAUGCUCAAGCACUUGCACGAUCUUGCAGGCAAAAACCGAAUUGCCAAGUCUUUCAUUGGUAAGGGCUACCACGGUACCAUCGUUCCUCCAGUGAUCCAGCGUAAUCUCUUGGAGCUGCCUGAGUGGUACACCUCCUACACUCCAUACCAGCCUGAAAUCUCUCAGGGCCGUUUGGAGUCUUUGCUCAACUACCAGACCAUGGUUUCGUCCUUGACGGGCUUGGAUAUCGCUAAUGCUUCGCUUUUGGAUGAAGGUACUGCUGCUGCUGAGGCCAUGGCCAUGUCUUUUGUGAACCUGCGUUCGAAAAAGAGAAAGUACGUUGUGGACUCGAAAUUGCACCCCCAGUCCUUGGACGUGAUUGAGUCUCGUGCCAACAACCUCGGUGUUGAGGUUGUGGUGCUUCCAUUGACCACCGAGGAGGGUGUUGCUCAGCUUGAGAAGAUUGGCCUGGAGGUCUGUGGUGCUUUGGUCCAGUACCCGGCCACCGAUGGUUCUCUUCACAACUUCUCCAAGAUCGGUGAAAUUGUCCACAAGAACAAGGGCCUUUUCGCCAUGGCUACUGACCUUCUUGCCUUGACGGUGUUGAAGCCUCCAGCAGAGUUUGGUGCCGACAUCGCCUUGGGUAACUCCCAGAGAUUCGGUGUUCCAUUCGGCUACGGUGGUCCACACGCUGCUUUCUUUGCAACCACACAGAAGUUCUCCAGAAAGGUGCCAGGCAGAAUUGUCGGUGUUUCCAAGGACAGACUCAACAAGCCUGCUCUCAGAUUGGCUUUGCAGACCCGUGAGCAGCACAUCAAGAGAGAGAAGGCUACUUCCAACAUUUGUACUGCCCAGGCUCUUUUGGCUAACAUGGCUGCCAUGUACGCUGUGUACCAUGGACCUGCUGGUCUCAAGAACAUUGCUUCUCGUGUGUACGGCUACACCACUGUUCUUGCUGAGGCUAUCAAAUCCUCUCCACACAAGCUUCUCAACGACUCGUGGUUCGACACUUUGUCUGUGGAGGUCAAUGGCAGUGCCGAUGCCUUGUUGAAGGAGGCCUUGGACAAGUACAACAUCAACCUUUUCAAGGCUGGCGAGUCGUCUGUUUCCAUUGCUUUGGACGAGACCGUCACCAAGAGCGACCUCGAGGGUUUGGUGGCUCUUUUCACAGGUAAGCCAGCUCAGCUUCCCGAGAACCUCCCAGAGAUUCCACAGAGCCUUCUCAGAACCGACGAGAUCCUCCCCAACGAGGUUUUCAACCAGCACCACUCUGAAACCGCCAUGUUGAGAUACCUCCACUUGUUGCAGUCCAAGGACUUGUCGUUGGCCAACUCCAUGAUCCCAUUGGGCUCGUGCACCAUGAAGUUGAACGCUACUGUUGAAAUGCAGAGCUUGUCGAUGCCGGGUUUCGCCUUGAUCCACCCCUUUGCACCUACCGACCAGGCCCAGGGCUACAAGGAGUUGAUUUCCGAGUUUGAGCACGAUUUGAACGACAUCACCGGUUUCGCAGCCACCACCUUGAUGCCCAACUCCGGUGCCCAAGGCGAAUACACUGGUCUUUCGUUGAUCCGCCAGUACCACAAGGCCAACGGCGACUACGAAAAACGUAACAUCUGUUUGAUUCCUGUUUCUGCCCACGGCACCAACCCUGCCAGUGCUGCCAUGUGUGGUCUCAAGGUGGUCCCCGUCAAGUGUCUUGAUAACGGUUCCAUCGACAUUGCCGACCUCAAGGACAAGGCCGAGAAGCACAAGGAUAACCUCUGCUCUAUCAUGAUCACCUACCCAUCCACCUACGGUUUGUUUGAGCCUGGUGUCAGAGAGGCCAUUGACACUGUUCAUUCGCACGGUGGUUUGGUCUACUUGGAUGGUGCCAACAUGAACGCACAGGUUGGUCUUACCUCUCCAGGCGACUUGGGUGCUGAUGUGUGUCACUUGAACAUCCACAAGACUUUUGCCUUGUCCCACGGUGGUGGUGGUCCAGGUCAGGGUCCUGUCUGUGUUGCUGAAAGACUUGUUCCAUACUUGCCAAAGCACCACUUUGUGGACACCCCCCACGCCACAGCUGAGUCUAUCCAGGCUGUGAACUCUGCUCCAUUCGGUUCUGCUGCUGUCAUUCCAGUUUCCUACUCGUACAUCAAGAUGCUUGGCUCCAAGGGUCUUCCUUACGCUUCCGCUCUUGCCAUGCUCAACGCCAACUACAUGCUUCACCGGUUGAAGGACCAGUUCGAGGUGUUGUUCGUGGACCCCAGAGCCACCAAGGAACAGGGCACCAAGCACUGUGCUCACGAGUUCAUCAUCGACUUGCGUGAAUUCAAGAGCGUUGGUGUCGAGGCCAUUGACGUUGCUAAGCGUUUGCAGGACUACGGCUUCCAUGCUCCUACCAUGUCUUUCCCAGUUGCCGGCACUCUUAUGAUCGAGCCCACCGAGUCUGAGAACUUGGAGGAGCUUGACCGUUUUGUUGAGUCCAUGUUGCUGAUCAGAAAGGAGAUUGACGCUUACGCCAAGGGCGAGUCCCACGGCCAGGUUUUGAAGAAUGCUCCUCACUCUCUUGCCGACAUUGUUUCCACACCCCAGGAGGAGUGGGAGGCUCGUGGCUACACCAGAGAGCAGGCUGCUUACCCAUUGCCUUUCUUGAAGACACAGAAAUGCUGGCCUACGGUGGCCCGUUUGGACGAUGCCUUUGGUGACAUGAACUUGCUCUGCACCUGUCCAUCUGUCGAGGAGGUUGCCAACGAAAACUAG